GCAGCUCUGCUUGUCUACCAAUAUCUUUUUUGACUUUCCUGCUUCCUCUUCCCACUUCCACUCAAUUACUCAUUCAAUCUUCGCCGCACCUGCUGCUCCAUCUUUCUCAAACUUGUUCUUAGACUAAAUCUAUCAACUUAUGUGUGUAUAUAUUUUUCCAGUUUUCCACAAACAAAAAGUUUAAUAUUAUUUUCCCUACGAAAAUCUAUCUGUCUAUUUAUUAUAUAAUAUGUAUAUUUUUCCCAUUUCCCAUUAAUCAUUAUCAUAUAGUCUUCUUGCUUUCCAAUAUCAAUAAUAUCGUGUUUUUUUUUUUGUUUUAUUUCGAGUUUCUUCUAAUGUGGGUGUUGGAGAAGGUGAAUCGGUGAUAUAAAUUAUUUUAUUGCAGUGACGUCUCUGAAGUUGUUUUCCCAAGUUCAUCUUCCCGGAUCCUCCAGCUACCAGUAAGCAAGCUGCGAGUGGGAAGUUGGACUCUAAUGGCUUUCAACAAAGAAGAUGGAGUCCAGGUUUCUGUUUCUGGGUAAACCUACCACUGAAAACUCGGUCUAUUAGGUUCUACCCAACAACGUAAGUCUCUCAUCCGUCUUUUUAAUUUGGGUCUCCUCUCCUCUCCACCCCUGUCUCUGUCUAAUUAACAACACUUGCUCACCAGUCUUUUUCUCUUCCUACCGAAUGUGGACACUGGUAACUAUUCUGGAAUAACAAGUUUUUGAAGUUUCUCUGAGAAACUCGCUUCCUUUCUAUUUUGUUUCUUAUUACUACUCUGUUUGGAUCUUUGAAUCUAUUUGUCGUCGUCCCCUUUCUGGAGCAGUAGUAUAUCUAUAUUCCCUUAUACCUAUUGGGUUUUUGAAAAUUUUUCUUCUUUGAAGGAGGAAGGCCGAAACAGGGGACUAACAUGAGCACGCCAGAGAAGAAAAGCAGCAAUGGCGGGGAGGUUGUUAUAACAUUUUCGGCAAAUCAGAGCCCUCAAUCCGAAAUGGACGGCAGAACUCCCAAAUUGGCUGCCUCCCUCGACCCGGCAGCAGCAGAAGGUUUUGGAGGUAGGCAGAGCGUUCCAACUUCACCCCUGAAGGACUCUGUCCCAGCGGGUUGCAAUUCUCCUGAAAUUUCACGAUUCAGUCCUAGCCCCAAUAAGCCCCCCAAAAUUCCAACCAACACCGCCACUGAGAACAUUCUUAGAAGGAGGUCAUUUGCUAGGUCCUUGUAUUCAAAGCCAAAGUCUAGAUUUGGAGAACAGCCUUGUACAAUUGAUCCCAACACAAUUGACGAGGAUAGCACGACUCUGCAAGAACAUUUCGCCUCCGUUUCGCCCUAUAAGAAUUCGUCUAAUGCUAAGCCUGCCUCGGUUACAAGGACCGUCUCUAUCACGCAGAAAACACCGUUGAUGACAUCUCCUGGAAGAAUCUCCAAAGGUGAGGAGGAGGAGGACGGGGAGGAGGAGGAGGAGGAGGAGAGGGAGUUUGUGAGGCGAGUUGAGAUACACAAGAAAAAGAGUAAGAGGAAUAAAACUGUGGCCAAGUUUGUGAUUCAGUGGGCAGCAAUUUCUUGCAUUGUAGGUUGCUUAGUGGCUAGCUUGACUAUUAAGAAAUUGGAGAGGGCCAAGGUUUGGGGUUUGGAGUUCUGGAAAUGGUGUGUUCUCGUGAUGGUGAUAUUCUUUGGGUUGUUGGUUACUAGUUGGUUUAUGCACAUUGUGGUUUUCUUGAUCGAGAUUAAUUUCUUGCUGAGGAAAAAGGUGCUCUACUUUGUUCAUGGCUUGAAAAAGAGUGUUCAGGUGUUUGUAUGGAUUGGUUUGGUUCUUGCAACUUGGGCCUUUUUAUUCAAAGGGGAAGUUGAAGUUUCAAAGACUGCCACCAAGAUUCUAGAUUCUGUAACCUGGACACUUGUUUCUCUUCUAAUCGGGUCUUUCUUGUGGCUGUUAAAGACCUUGUCGCUGAAGAUUUUAGCUUCUAAUUACCAUGUCAAACGAUACUUCGACAGGAUUCAAGAAUCAGUGUUUCAUCAAUAUGUCUUGCAAACACUUUCAGGGCCUCCACUUAUAGAGGCAGCUGAGAUGGUUGGGAAAGUACCUAGCACAGGGCUAUUGAGCUUCAGACAGUUGAAAAAAGGCAAAGGAACGAAAGAGAAAAAGGUGAUUGACAUGGGACAGGUUCACAGGAUGAAGCAAGAAAAGGUUUCGGCGUGGACCAUGAAAGUGCUGGUCGAUGCAGUCACUAAAUCAGGGCUUUCAACAAUCUCGAAUUCAUUGGAUGAAAGCUGUCAUGUUGAUGGAGGGCAGACAGAUCAGGAGAUUACCAAUGAGUUGGAAGCAACUGUUGCUGCAUUGAGAAUAUUCAGGAAUGUUGCUCCACGUCGCUGCAAGUACAUUGAGGAAGAAGACCUUUUGAGAUUUAUGAUUAAGGAAGAAGUGGAUCUGUUCUUUCCGCUGAUUGAAGGUUCUGAAAGUGGAAGAAUUGACAAAAAAGCUUUCACUGAAUGGGUGGUGAAGGUUUACAAUGGGAGGAGAGCACUUGCACAUGCUCUAAACGACACCAAAACUGCAGUUAAACAACUUAACAAAUUGGUGACGGGGAUCCUCAUCGUUGUAUCAAUUGUUAUCUGGCUUCUUCUGAUGGAGAUUGCUACAACGAAAGUGCUAGUCUUUUUGUCAUCGCAGCUUGUGUUGGCAGCUUUUAUGUUCGGGAACACUUGCAAGACUAUAUUCGAAGCUAUUAUAUUUGUCUUUGUGAUGCAUCCAUUUGAUGUUGGUGACCGCUGUGUGGUCGAUGGUGUCCCACUCUUGGUUGAAGAGAUGAACAUUUUAUCAACAGUUUUUCUGAAACUCAAUAAUGAGAAGUUAUUUUAUCCGAAUUCUGUUUUGGCUACAAAGCCUAUCAGCAACUACUACAGAAGCCCUGAUAUGGGUGAUACAGUGGAGUUCUCUAUCGACUUUGCUACAACAGUCGAGAAGAUUGGUUUGCUGAAGGACAGAAUCAAGAAGUACUUGGAGAAGAAUCCACAGCACUGGCAUCCUAACCACAACAUUGUGGUGCAGGAGAUUCAAGAGGUGAACAAGUUAAAGAUGGCUCUGUUCUGUAAUCACACAAUGAACUUCCAAGAAUAUCCAGAGAAGAACAAGCGAAGAACCGAACUGAUGAUGGAGAUCAAGAAGAUAUUCGAGGAGCUGAAGAUAAAAUACUAUCUCCUACCGCAACAUGUUCAUCUGAGCCAUGCCCAGUCCGUAUCAACCGAUGCAAUGAUGCAGUCCUGAAUUUGCUGCCCAAUGCCCGCUGAUGUGUGAUCAGUCCCGUGGUAAUCUUCUGACGAUACAGUCAUCACUCGGCCAUUCUCAUCAUACAUAAGUCUGGAGUUCAGCAUAUAGUUAGAAGUGAACUCAGUAUUAAGAAUGAUAGUUACCGCCUUUCCUCGCAGGUGUGUCUGGAGUUCCUGUGGAGAGUUGAAAUAGCAGAAGCUCAGCAGUCCUAAAGGUUGGUAAUGGAUGCUGUUAGUUAUAGAUGUAGGUAGGUUAAUGAUGUAAUCAAACUUGAGUAGAGCAGUUUCUUACAUUGGAAUGUUACAUCUAGAAGGAUUUAGUCUGUAGUUGCUCGGGCCUUUUUGAGGAUGGAUCGUGGAUAUGAUACUGAGAAAUGAGAAUGGUAACACGACCGGCCUGGGCUCCCUGCUUGAAUGAUGGUAUUGGUACUCAAGCUACGUGCCACCCAUAGCCACCUUUCUGAAAUCUAAGCAACCAGUUACGCACUUGGACAAACGAAGGGCUGGUUCUUCUAAUCUGAUCUAUUCAGGAUUUGGCCAUAGAUGCCUUCCUCUUCAAUUGGGUGGUUCUCCUUCAAAACAAUGUGCUUUGAGAACUUAAUUGACUUGAGAAAUGUAGAUCGUGACAGGUAGAAUUUUUGUU